AUACUCUUAUCAAAGAUGUGGAGGAGUUGCAAACAGGGAUUUAUGACAAACCUCUUCCAUGCUUUGGCUGUGGAAUAGGAUGGUUCUCGUUAAGUGUUUUGCACCCUUCUCCAUGCUCAACUGUGUUUCUCCUUGUCUCAUGUCUGCCUUUUUGCACAGUUUCCUUCUAGGAUUUGUGUUUCCUUUGAUGUGGUACCAUGCAACAAUUCUUUAUUUUGGAAAUCACUACUGCAAAGACCCCAGGGAGAGAGCAGGCCUUGCUGCCUCUGCAAUUGCUAUAAGUUCUAAGUGAAGAUUAUUUGGUUUUGUACAAGCAUUGCAUGCAUCACUUUUUUUUUUUUGAAAAGCAAAAGAAAUAUUUAUUGAUGCG